AUGGCCAGUCUCCAACUCCCCCAUCCCUUUGCCGACAUCAAGCGUGAGAACUUCCUGUUUGGCCCCUCGCCCAUACAGGAGCUUCCACGCAUCUCGGACGCCCUCGGUGGCAAGGUGAAGGUCUAUGCUAAGCGCGAGGACUGCAAUUCGGGACUAGCCUUUGGCGGCAACAAGGUCCGCAAGCUCGAGUAUCUCGCAUCUGAAGCUCUUGCUCAGGGUGCCGACACCCUGGUAUCCAUUGGAGGGGUCCAAUCGAACCAUACACGUGCUGUGACGGCUGUGUCGAGGAAGCUGGGACUCAAAGUUGCCACACUCCAGGAGCACUGGGUGGACUGGGAGGACCCGGGCUACAAGAAAGUCGGCAACAUCCAGCUGUCACGCCUGAUGGGCGGUGACGUGCGCCUCAACUCCGAGACGUUUGGAAUCGAGCACAAGGAGGCACUGGCAAACCUCACUGAAGAGAUCAAAGCCGGUGGUGGUAAGCCAUACUACAUCCCCGCCGGUGCGUCGGACCACCCCCUCGGAGGUCUUGGGUUCGCCCGCUGGGCUCUUGAGGUUGAGGCUCAGGAGAAGGAGAUGGGCGUCUUCUUCGACACUGUCAUCGUGUGUGCUGUGACGGGAUCUACCAUGGGCGGCAUGGUCGCCGGAUUCAAGCUCGCCCAGAAGAAACUCGGGUCGCCCGCGCGCAAGGUCAUCGGUAUCGAUGCCUCGGGCAAGGUGAAGCAGACAUUUGAUCAGGUGCUGCGCAUCGCCAAGAACACUGCAUCCAAGAUUGGCCUCGAGGCGGACGAUAUCACUGAAACGGACAUCAUUCUCGACGACAGGUACAAUGCUGGCGUCUAUGGCAUCCCCGACGAGACUACCAUUGCUGCCAUGAAGUUUGGAGCCGAGACGGAGGCCUUCAUCACUGACCCUGUAUACGAGGGUAAGAGUCUGGCUGGUAUGAUGGGUCUCAUCCGUAAUGGAGAGAUUGCAUCAGGCAAUGUGCUGUACGCCCAUCUUGGAGGGCAGCUGGCUCUCAACGCUUACUCGACAAUCUGA